GCUGGCAGUGUGAUGAGACUGAUUGGAGAGCCGUCGGGCUCAAAGACUAGGUUAUUGCUCUUCCAGGCCGCCCCGGACUAAGCAGCAAUCCCGGAGAAAGAAGCCCUGUUGCCGGCAGGGGAGAGCACUCAGUCCAGGCUCCUCUCCCACCAGCAGCCCUUCGGAACGACACAGGCUACAAAAACAAUACGGUAUCCGCCAAACCUAACGCUAGCCCCAGACGUGUUGUGUACGGUAACACCCUCCGCAGUACGGUGACACCCUCCGCAGAUAUGAACGGCAUCACCAAGGGCAGGUUUGAGGUGUUUUCCAACAGCGAUGAAGCUCCCAUUAACAAGAAACUUCCCAAGGAGCUGCUGCUCAGAAUCUUCUCCAACCUGGAUGUGAUCACAUUGUGCAGGUGUGCCCAGGUGUCCAAGGCGUGGAAUGUCCUGGCCUUGGAUGGUAGUAACUGGCAGAAGAUUGACCUGUUCAACUUCCAGACAGACAUAGAGGGUAGAGUAGUGGAGAACAUCUCUAAGCGAUGUGGAGGCUUCCUGAGGCAGCUGAGUUUGAGAGGAUGUAUCAGUGUGGGAGACGCAUCCAUGAAGACGUUUUCCCUGAACUGCUGUAGCAUUGAGGUGUUGAACCUGAAUGGCUGCAGUAAGAUCACAGACAGCACCUGUCUCAGCCUCUCCAAGUUCUGCUGCAAACUCAAACAGCUGGACCUCACCUCCUGUGUGUCUGUUACCAACCACUCCCUCAAAGCUCUCAGUGACGGCUGUAGUAUGUUGGAGACAUUAAACCUGUCGUGGUGUGACCAAAUCAGCAGAGAUGGCAUCGAGGCUCUGACCAGGGGCUGUAACAACCUACAAGCCCUGUUCCUACGUGGCUGCACACAGCUGGAGGAUGGAGCACUGAAACCCCUUCAGAAACACUGUCCUGAACUAACCACUAUCAACAUGCAGACCUGCUCAAUAACUGAUGAUGGCUUGGUCAGCCUGUGUCGGGGGUGUCACAAACUGCAGAUGCUGUGUAUCUCUGGCUGCAGUAACAUUACAGACGUCUCUCUCACCGCUCUGGGCCUGAACUGCCCCCGACUCAAGAUCUUGGAAGCAGCACGGUGUUCACAUGUGACAGACGCUGGGUUUACUGUACUGGCCAGGCAUUGUCAUGAGAUGGAAAAAAUGGAUUUAGAAGAAUGUGUUUUGGUGACUGACAACACUCUAGUCCAGCUCGCUAUUCACUGCCCUCGCCUGCAAGCACUGUCCCUCUCCCACUGUGAGCUGAUAACUGACGACGGUAUCAGGGCGCUGAGCAGCAGUGUGUGUGGACAGGAGCGCCUCACGGUGGUGGAGUUGGAUAACUGCCCUCUGAUCACAGACGGGACUCUGGAGCACCUGAAAAACUGCCACCGCCUGGAGAGGAUAGAACUCUACGACUGCCAGCAGGUCACCAGGGCCGGCAUCAAACGCAUACGGGCCCAUCUCCCAGAGAUAAAGGUCCACGCCUACUUUGCCCCGGUGACGCCCCCUCCCUCGGUGCACGGCGGGGGCCAUAGGAUGUGUCGCUGCUGCGUCAUCCUCUGACAGUGGAGGAGGAUGAACCCCUCCACGACGACACGACACCCUGAACCCCUCCACGACGACACGACACCCUGAACCCUGAACCCCGCCACGACACCCUGAACCCCGCCACGACACCCUGAACCCCGCCACGACACCCUGAACCCCGCCACGACACCCUGAACCCCGCCACGACACCCUGAACCCCUCCACGACGACACGACACCCUGAACCCCUCCACAACACCCUGAACCCCUCCACGACGACACGACACCCUGAACCCCGCCACGACACCCUGAACCCCGCCACGACGACACGACACCCUGAACCCCGCCACGACACCCUGAACCCCGCCACGACACGACACUCUGAACCCCGCCACAACACCCUGAACCCCGCCACAACACCCUGAACCCCGCCACGACGACACAACGACACAACACCCUGAACCCCGCCACGACAACACAACGACACAACACCCUGAACCCCGCCACAACACCCUGAACCCCUCCACAACGACACAACAACACCCUGAACCCCGCCACAACACCCUGAACCCCGCCACAACACCCUGAACCCCUCCACAACGACACAACAACACCCUGAACCCCGCCACAACACCCUGAACCCCUCCACAACGACACAACAACACCCUGAACCCCGCCACAACACCCUGAACCCCUCCACAACGACACAACACCCUGAACCCCGCCACAACACCCUGAACCCCUCCACAACACCCUGAACCCCGCCACAACACCCUGAACCCCGCCACAACACCCUGAACCCCGCCACAACAACCUGAACCCCUCCACAACACCCUGAACCCCGCCACAACACCCUGAACCCCGCCACGACGACACAACACCCUGAACCCCGCCACAACACCCUGAACCCCGCCACGACGACACAACACCCUGAACCCCGCCACAACACCCUGAACCCCGCCACGACGACACAACACCCUGAAUCCCUCCACAACACCCUGAACCCCGCCACGACGACACAACACCCUGAACCCCGCCACGACGACACAACACCCUGAACCCCGCCACAACACCCUGAACCCCGCCACGACGACACAACACCCUGAACCUAUAACCGCAAGGUCAUGUUCACUAGGCACUAAACAGGAGGUUUUUGAAAAUUGUUCUUCCCAAACUUUUUCCAAUGAUUAAACAAAAUUGUUACUUUUAAUGUUAAAUGUUUUUCUACGGUCUGACCCCCCCCCAAUCCCCCCAUCACUACUGGUCUCUGAUCCAUACAGACUGAUUGAUCACUACUGGUCUCUGAUCCAUACAGACUGAUUGAUCACUACUGAUAAAUUAUCAUUUGGACUCUUUCUGAGGUUCCUAUUCAGGGGAGGAGGGGUGGGGUCUUCUCUCUCUGACAGAACUCGACCAUCCCUCACCUUCCAGACCCCUCCUCUCCAAAACUACCCUCACCUUCCAGACCCCUCCUCUCCAAAACUACCCUCACCUUCCAGACCCCUCCUCUCCAAUACUACUCUCACCUUCCAGAGCCCAGACCCCUCCUCUCCAAAACUACCCUCACCUUCCAGACCCCUCCUCUCCAAAACUACCCUCACCUUCCAGACCCCUCCUCUCCAAAACUACCCUCACCUUCCAGACCCCUCCUCUCCAAUACUACCCUCACCUUCCAGACCCCUCCUCUCCAAUACUACUCUCACCUUCCAGAGCCCAGACCCCUCCUCUCCAAAACUACUCUUACCUUCCAGACCCCUCCUCUCCAAAACUACCCUCACCUUCCAGACCCCUCCUCUCCAAAACUACUCUCACCUUCCAGACCCCUCCUCUCCAAUACUACUCUCACCUUCCAGACCCCUCCUCUCCAAAACUACCCUCACCUUCCAGACCCCUCCUCUCCAAAACUACCCUCACCUUCCAGACCCCUCCUCUCCAAAACUACCCUCACCUUCCAGAGCCCAGACCCCUCCUCUCCAAAACUACUCUUACCUUCCAGACCCCUCCUCUCCAAAACUACCCUCACCUUCCAGACCCCUCCUCUCCAAAACUACUCUCACCUUCCAGACCCCUCCUCUCCAAAAC